AAUUUUGGUAAUUACUAGUAGUAAAAGGUUCCAAUAUUCAAUUAAAAAUUGUCCAGUGUUAAAAUGUAGUGAGAGACUUUUGUAAUCUACGUAUAAGGAAUAUAAGACUUUUUACGUUUAGAUAAAAAGAACCACCCGGACAGAAAGGAACGGAAUAUAAUAGAUUAUGAUCUGUUUGCUUAUUGAAAUGUGAAAACAUAUAUAGUACAGUAUAGAUUUUAUUGGCAAAAAUAGAUUUCUUUGCAAAUGAAAGGUGUAAAAUAUAGUUCGCCACAAAAGGAAUAAAGAUAGUUAAGGACAGUUUAAAAGAGGAUAUACGUUUUAUGUCAUAUAUACAUUUUUUUACAAUGUAUACAAGAAUCAUAGCUUAACAUAUAUUUUCAAAUUAACUAUUUGCAAUUAAGGCUUUACAAUAUAUAUAGCAGUGUUUGCAAUUACGACAUUUGAUUAAAGUUAAUAUUUAAGAGGACAUAGGAAUUUUAUGUUCAAAAGUUAUGCAACAUGCACUGUUUCUGUCUGCUAUUGUUCUGUCUUUAACCAUAAGAGCAGGAACUUGUUACACAGUUUUGAUUUCUAAUGGAACACAAACCGAGGUGAAAACAUUUGUAGCAGAUAUAAAGCUUGGCUUGACACUACGCCGAAAGGUUCUCAGCAGAUUUGAAUAUACUGUUCCUUCAUCGGUGAACAUAGAGGAGCUGACGACUUUAGGAAAGUUAAAAAAGCUGACAAUAGAAAAAGUGCACACAGUAAAGAGGGAAAAACGAGCUGUGACAGUCAACGAUGCCGAGUGGUCAAAUCAGUGGCAUUUGCAAACAAGCCAGACACCUAGUAUGAAUGUAUACAAUGCCUGGGACAAAGGUUUUACCGGAAGUGGUGUAACCAUAGCAAUAGUGGAUGACGGUAUUGAUGUAGACCAUACGGAUCUCCUCAGUAACUAUAACUCGGCCCUGAGUUACGACAUCAUAUACAACAGUCCGGGUCCUUCUCAUGUUGAUGCCGGGGAUGGACACGGUACAAAUUGUGCGGGCGUUGCUGGUGGUGUAAAGAACACAGUAUGUGUAAUUGGAGUGGCCUACGAAGCUUCCUUACCAGCGAUACGACUGCUAGACGAAAACUUUGCAGCAACUGAAGCAGACGAAGCGUUGGCACUGACGCACGAGCUCUCGAGCAUGGAUAUUUAUAGUAACAGCUGGGGACCAAGCGAUGACGGAGAAACGUUUUCCGGAUUGGCGUCAAUACAAGAAGAGGCGCUGCAAACUGGUGUUACCCAGGGAAGAGGAGGAAAAGGUGUGAUAUAUUCCUGGGCGUCUGGGAACGGGGGAAAUAAGGCAGAUGAUUGUAAUGCCGACGGAUAUUCCAGUAGUAUAUACACCAUAGCCAUUGCCGCCGUGUCGGAGACAACAGCCCCGACGUGGUACUCGGAACACUGCACGGCCAUACUUGCCGCUACAUACAGUGGGGACUCGCCAAACGCUCAAAUUACAACAACAGGUCCGGCAAAUACCUGUGUGAACGACUUUACCGGUACAUCGUCAGCUUGUCCUGUAGCAUCUGGUAUCUUUGCUCUUACCCUUCAAGCAAAUUCUGCAUUAACUUGGAGGGAUAUGCAACACAUGACUGUAGAGUAUUCCAUAUCAUCGGGUCUCCAUAGUGACGCGAGUUUCUACACAAACGGUGCUGGUAAAGAAGUAAGUCAUUGGUUUGGAUUCGGGUUGAUGGACGCCGAAGCUAUGGUGGACAAUGCCCCAUCUUGGCAAACUGUACCUUCCAGUACCAGCUGUUUCCUCUACACAAAUUGACGUACAAAGCUCAUCAGUUAGUGCGUCUAUUACGAGUACAUAUCAUGCCACGCAGUGUUACAUCAGCUACCUAGAACACGUGGUUGUCACUAUUAGUUACAAGGCUUCUUUCCGAGGAGAUGUUGAGUUUUACCUAGAUUCGCCCUCU